CUAUAUACAGGUGCUGCAGCAUUUAGUAGAUUGAGUACUUGUAUUCGGGGUUUUUGGAGCACUGACGAAGGGUUGCGAGCUCGCGCAUAUUAAUUUAAAUAACUAAAUAAAUGAUUUGCUUUAGCAAGGAAAGCUUGUAAGCGGACUCGCUGGCGUCUCACUCUUCCGAUUUGUCUUUUUUGCCAAAAUGAUAACGAGAGGAUACGUAUUCGCCGUACUGGUAAACUACGCAGCACUUUCCUUACCAGUGUCUUCGGAUCGCAUGGCAAAAGGCGACGUCAGGGUGAUGAAGUGCAUAGUGGAGGUGAUCACUGAAGCCAUAUCCAUGCCUCACCCACUACCAGUAAGCCAGGAGUGCCUGGAUACCCUGCGAAAAGAUGAACGACUCCUCUUAAUCCUCCGACAUCAGAACUUCUUGAAGGAGCUACAGGAGGUUGCCAAGCAAGGUGCCUCUGACAGAGCCCAGCAGAUAAAAGCAGAGCCAGGUCAUGUGACCAACACCAGAGGAGGCCUUCCAGCAGCAGACAAGCUUCCAGAUCAGGAGCUUUGUCAGCUGGCUGGAGAUCACAUUUCCCCAGAUCAGUCCAUGCUGUCUGCCUUGAAGCCAACUGAAAGGGCUGUCCCAGAUGAAAAGGAAGCGAUUGUGAAGGAUGACAUGGAGCGAGGAAAUGGCUACGGAGACUCAGGAGGCGAACCAGAGAGCACUGAGAAGGUCAACCUAAAGCUCAGGAAGACUUCAGAGGCAGAGACAGCAGGUGAAAGGCGGGACUGGAACGGGAAGAUGGAGGUUCAGCCCUGGAAAAGGGGAGGCGAAUGGACGGGAGUGGAAGAGCUGUCCACAGUACAAACCACAUCUGCAGUGCUAGACCCACCACACCACUCCAAAGAAGACAGUGGGGAAGAAAUCCAGGAGCUCCAUAUGAUUGCCAGUAAAGAGCCAGCAGAAUGGAAGGAGGAGGAUGGAAGUGGAAGCAGAAAGGCUGAGGACCAUGAGGUUAAGAGCCUUGCUGCCAUUGAAUCCGAGCUAGAGAACAUGGCGAAGAAGCUCCAUGAGCUGAGGAGAGGAUGAAUAGAAGAUGGAGGCUCCUCUUCAUUCAUAUCCACUCCUGGACUAGACACUCAUGGUGCCUCUGAGAUGGACUCUGUCUGAGAAGUGUGCUGGUUUUUUGCUACUUUCUCAGACACACCAGAGCUGUCCUGUUACCCACGAGGCUGCCACAUCUGAGACCCAUUUCUGUUCUUGCAGAACCCCCAGCUGAGCGUCUUUCUCCAGCUGCUUCCUCAUGGCAUCGUUCCUGCUUCACUAGUGAUCUUCAAUGUAGGGAAAGCUGUCAAAGUAACAGCGAGUAAGGCAGUAAUAAUGAAUAUUUUCAUGAAAAAUUUUCAUGUUAUGUAUGGAUUUAAUGAAGUGUGCGUGGGAUAGUGAUAUAUUUAUGCUAUUAGAAAAUGUUUAAAAUUAUGUUUAUAAAAUAUUCUCCUUAA